UCAGAGCUUCAAGUGACAGUUCAAGAGUUUUCCUUUGAGAGAUCCUGAGACAGAAGACCCACCUAUCACCAUGGCCGACAAGAAGAACCUCCUGCUGCUGUUCGAUCAUCCCACCGAGCCUGUGUUCAUGGACAAGGGCAAGCGGGUGACCGUCUUCGAUGUGCCCGACUCCUUCCUCACGGAUCGCUACAAGCCGAUCAGCAACGAGGUUCAGAGCCGUGUCGGCGACAAGGUGGAGCAGCGCAUUCCAGUGCGUGAGAUCUCAAUUCCGGAUCUGAGGAUCCCCAUGUCCCUGGGCCGCGACGAAAAGUUCUCGCUGUUUCUGCCGAAGCACCGCAGAAUCGCCGGCCGCCUGAUCGACAUCUUCAUGAACAUGCGCUCUGUGGAUGACCUGCAGAGCGUGGCUGUCUAUGCCCGGGAUCGCCUCAAUCCGAUUCUUUUCAACUACGCGCUGUCGGUGGCCCUGCUCCAUCGGCCUGAUACUCAGGGACUGGACCUGCCUUCCUUCAUGCAGUCCUUCCCCGAUCGCUUCAUUGACUCGCAGGUGAUGCGCCAGCUGCGUGAGGAGUCCUUCGUGGUGAACCCUGGCUCCCGAAUCCCGAUCACCAUUCCGCGGGACUACACCGCCUCCGACUUGGAUCAGGAGCACCGACUGUGGUACUUCCGUGAGGAUCUGGGCAUCAACCUUCAUCAUUGGCAUUGGCAUCUGGUCUAUCCCUUCGAGGCCUCUGACCGCAGCAUUGUGGACAAGGAUCGUCGCGGCGAGCUUUUCUACUACAUGCACCAGCAGGUGAUCGCCCGCUACAAUGCGGAGCGGUUCAGCAACAACCUUGCCCGGGUGCAGCCCUUCAACAAUCUGCGAGAGCCCAUUGCCGAGGGCUAUUUCCCCAAGAUGGACUCCCUAGUGGCCAGUCGUGCCUGGCCACCGCGCUUCGAGAACACCAAGCUGAGCGAUCUCAAUCGCGAGGCGGACCAACUGAACGUGGAGAUUGGUGAUCUGGAGCGCUGGCGCGAUCGCAUCUACGAGGCUAUCCACCAGGGCUUCGUUAUGGAUGAGCGCGGCAAUCGAAUCCCCCUGGAUGAGACCAAGGGCAUCGACCACUUGGGCAAUAUGAUUGAGGCUUCUAUUCUGUCGCCGAAUCGCACGCUGUACGGUGAUCUGCACAACAACGGCCACACCUUCAUCUCGUACGCCCACGAUCCCAGCAACAAGCAUUUGGAAUCCUUCGCAGUGAUGGGUGACGUCUCCACCGCCAUGCGUGAUCCAGUCUUCUACAAGUGGCACUCUUACAUCGAUCGCAUCUUCCAGGAACACAAGUCCCGUCUGCCGGCUUACACCGAGCCCCAGCUCAACUACUCGGGCAUCUCUAUCACUGGCAUUGAGGUGGCCACCAAUGGCGGCCAGGCCAACACUCUUAGCACCUUCUGGCAGGAAUCCGAUGUGGAUCUAUCCCGUGGCUUCGAUUUCCUGCCGCGUGGCAAUGUCUUUGCCCGUUUCGGUCACCUGCAGCAUCUGCCCUUCACCUACACUAUUAAUGUGAACAAUGCCAGCGGCGCCCAGCGCUUCGGCUAUGUGCGCAUCUUCAUGGCGCCCAAGAAUGACGAACGUGGUCAGCCCAUGCUGCUCCGUGAGCAGCGUCUCAUGAUGAUUGAGCUGGACAAGUUUGUGGCUGCCCUGAACCCCGGACCCAACACCAUUCGUCGCCGUUCCACAGAGUCUAGUGUAACCAUUCCCUUCGAGCGAACUUUCCGCAACCUGGACGCCAAUCGCCCGGCUGCUGGCUCUGCGGGUGAGCUGGAGUUCAACUUCUGCGGCUGCGGCUGGCCCAACCACAUGCUGGUGCCCAAGGGUCUACCCGAGGGUCUGCGCUGUGACCUGUUCAUCAUGGUUUCCAACUACGAGAACGAUAGGAUUGACCAGCAGCUGCAGGGUCAAUGCAGCGAUGCCGCCUCCUACUGCGGUGUCCGCGAUCGCCUCUAUCCCGAUCGCCAGGCCAUGGGCUUCCCCUUCGACCGCCUGCCCCGCACCGGGGCCGAUCGUCUGGUGAACUUCCUCACGCCCAACAUGAGCAUUGUGGAUGUGACCAUUCGCCACGAGAACCGCACUGUCCAGCGACAGAGCUAGAUGCACCCACGAGAUCCACCUGACUACGAAUGCACUCCCACCCUGACCCCAAUCGACGACGACCUUCUUUUAGAUAUACGACAAUAUAACUCUUAGCAAUAUAUUGCAUCUUUAUUGAGCCGCUUAAUAAACAAGACAUCAUGGCAUUCCACGCAAA